AGCACCGUCCCCUCGACAGCGCUGUGCUUUGCUAUCUUUGCCUUCUGGGGGUACCUUUCUCGUUCACAGCCCGCCGCAGCACCAUGUACAGCGAUCCAGAGGAGCGAAAGCAGGAAGAGGCGCGGCAAGAUGCCGCCGCCGUCGCUAUCCAGCAGCGAUGGAAGCAGCAUCGGCAGCAGCAGUGCCUCCGUGAGCGGGAGGCGGCUGCCCAGCGCAGCCCGUUCGGCUCGCCGCACGCGGCACCUUUCGUUCACUUUGAGGGCUACGGCCUCCAUGGGACUACCUCGGGGGAUAUCGAUAGCGUCUCCUCGCGCAACGCCGGCGGAGGCGGGGACGACACCGCGGACACCCUCCACUCCGCCGAAGAACAGCGUGAGGUCUGCAUUACCGAGUACGGCGACUUGCUGGCGGAGCGCGAGGCACUGCUGGACCGCAACUUAAACUACCAGCAGAUCUUAUCCCGCCACUACGCCGAACAGCGCCGGCGCAAUGGCGAGGAGGAGGUGACGCAGCUAACGAACCCGGAGGCGGAGGGCGCGUAUUGGGCACUGGUGCGGCAGGUCGCCGAGGAACGUCAGCGCGUGGCGGGUCGAAGUGCGGCCUUGAAGAGAGACUUGGAGCUGCAGCGGCAGCGCUACGCCCCGAUUAUGGAAGAGGCCGCGAUGCAGGAGAACAACUUCCAGCAGUACAUCCAAGAGCUGGCGGCGAAUGUGCGCUUUAUGCGGUCGAACCGGCCCAUCCCCGACAAGACGAUCUCCGAGUACGUGGAGCGGGAGGCGAAGGAGCGGGCGGCCAUCCACGCCGCGCGGGUGCGGUAUCUGCAGCUGAAGAACCGCCUGCAGCGACUGCGGCGGGCCGCCAAGGGGCGCGGAAACAGCGGUGGUGCAACGUCCGCCGCCGCGGCAGCCGCACCACCGCUGAGCUCGUCGGCUGCCGCGGCGAGUGCAUCGGACGAAAGGGAGCCAAACGGCGCUGAUCAUCACAUGUUUCUCAUCGAUUUUGAGCAGCUCAAGGUGGAAAACACAAACCUGAACGAGAAGAUCGAGGAGCGCUCGGAGGAGGUGCUGAAGCUGCGGAAUAAGGUGACGAACACAAUCCACAUCGCGACCCACGUGCGGGAGAAGCUGGACUGCGUGCGGAAGGAGAACGCGGAGCUGCGACAGAGUGUGGCGAGCACCGAUGAGGAGCUCAACAAGGCACGCGAUCAGCUGGCGAAGUCGAAGCGCCGGCGCGAUGCCCACCUGCGCGCCAACACUCGAAUGAAGGAGCGCAUGCCGCUCGUCGGCUCGCGUGAUCUGUUGUUGGACUACGAACGGCGCAAAGGCGUCAUUCGGGAGUACCGCACCCGCCUGGUGCAGCUCACGGACCGGCACAGAGAACUGACGGACGUCAUCCAUCGGCACGAGGCGUCGAUGGUGACGCUCCAGCACGAACUGAGCCACUACCCGCAGUAG